AACUGGUUUCUCUUGUCUAACCUGGCUCCAUUUAAUUUAAUUACGCUACUGUUCUUGUUCGUUUUUGGAACGUCCAAUACCUUGAAGAUGGCAGCUGGAUUUUGCUGGCACAACUUCGGCACUCUUGAGCUGAUGGGUUUAAACGCUCUCAUUACACCUUAAACUGCUAAUACAAGCACGGCUUGUAUUUGAGUGAUUUAACUUUGGAGGAAGUACCCAGAGAUGGUGCCAGAUUGGGCAACUUUUUCAUGUUAUUGUGCAGGGAAAAUGGCUUUGGGUGGGUUCACCGUUUUCAAAUCUGGCACUGGACUGCUCUGCCUUUAAGAGUAAUCAGUCGUAGGUAAGACUGUGGGAGGACCCACUGGUGGAGAGUGUGGCAGGGGAAGCAAGAGUGAAGGAAACUGGGAUACAGAGGCGACCAGAAGUUCAAAUCCCAGUGUAUUAUGGGUAAUCUCACCAGCAAGGAUGGCCAUGGGCCUACAGCUCAUCUCUCCACAGGAUCACAUUUGGAUUUGUUCCACACACCACCUACUUCCCCCCUAGACCCAGGCUUACCUGGGACAGUGUUGGCCCAGGCUGCUGUUCCAGAUGCACAGGCCAGGUCAGUGUCUGAGGGUGCAGGGGAGUCGGCCUCCCUGGAGGGCUCUCGUCCAGAGUCCCUGUUUAACAAAACCUCAGAGUGGGCCGCAAUCGGACCUGAAGGCCUCACGUCACCCAGCCAGACAGGAAGUGAUGUGGACAGCGGGCAGAGCAUGGGCGGCACCCCCCUGACCCCCAUGCAGUGCCUCACCCCUAGCUGGCAGGAGAAGGACAGCGGUCUGGAACAGUCCCUGGCGGGCGGGGCGGGGGAUGUGACCGCGCUGUCCCCGCUUGAGCUGCAGGAGCAGUACGGGGUUUCCCCGGGGUCAAGUCCUGACCACGAGGAACCAGCAUGCUCAUCAGCUCUACUCGAGCAGCUGCUGGUAGAGAGGGCGGAGCUGGUGGAGGAGGGGAGGAGCUUGAAGGACAUUCUGCAGACAGAGCGGAGUGAAUGGCUGCAGUUCCAGGCAGACCUCCAGGUGGCAGUAGCAGUUGCGGACCGGCUGCGUCUGGAAGCAGAGGAGGAGCUGGGCAAGCUCAGAGAGACCCAGCAGGACACAGAACGGCAGCUGGCUGCCGCACUCCGCAAGCAGCAGGAGACAGACGGAGAGCUGGAGUCCCUGAGGGCCCAGCACAAAGAGGCCUGCCAGAAACUGUCUGCCCUGGCCCUCAGCCACAAGCAGGCCAGGGAGGAGCUGGACACCCUUAGGGCCGAGCACAGAGAGACCUGCCAAAAAUUGUCCGCUCUGACUCUGACCCACCAGCAGGCCGCGGAGGAGCUCGGAUCACUGAGGGACAGAGAGGGGUCACGGGCGGGGAAGGAGCAGGACUCAGAGACGCAGACUGGGUGUGAGGUCAAAACGUGUGUCUCAGAGGACAUCCAGAAAGGGGAGGAGCCACAGCAUGGGGGAAAGGCGGUGGUGGAGAGGUACCUGCGGAGUGUGGCAGCUGAGGAGAAGAAGAAAGAAGAGUCAUAUUCUGGGAGGGAUCCCCGGAGAAUAGUAAUGCUAUGUGAGAGGUCCAGAAGUCUCUCUAGAAUCCCCCUGCCCUCUGAAUCCCCAUCUGCACCGAAUGGUAGCUCGCAGCCUAUGACAACCACAACAGGACCCCUCAGCAAGGACCAAGACCCAGCAAGAGGGAGGAGGGUGGACCGACUCCUGCGAAGACAAGACAGCUGGUCCAGCUCCUAUUCAAGUCAACCGGAGGAUCACAUCGCUGACCCAUCAUCAGUGAUCAACAGUGUUAUCAGACCUCAGGAUAGUUUCAGCAUGCUUCUGCGUCGUCACGGAGGCUCAAAGCGGAAUUCCCUGCUGCGCUGGUGUCAGAGCCGCACCCAGGGCUACGAGAACAUUGAUAUCACCAACUUCAGCAGCAGCUGGGUGGAUGGGCUAGCCUUCUGUGCAGUGUACCACACCUAUCUUCCGAUGCAUAUCCCCUAUAGCACGCUGAGCCAGGACAGCAAGAAAGAGAACCUAGGGUUGGCCUUCCAAACUGGGGAGAGUGUGGGAAUCACAUCCAUGCUGACAGUUGAGGAGAUGCUUAGAACAGAAGGUCCAGACUGGCAGAGGGUUCUGGGAUAUGUGGAGAGCAUCUACCGCCAUUUUGAGAUGUGACUUCGCCCCUCUGUGUCUCAGAAUGCCGCACCUGUCGAGGUCUCUACGGUGUACUCCGUGCAGAUUUGCUGUAUGAAUCGGUGCAGAGGCAAUGGCGCCCAUUCGUCAGUGGGGGAGCACUUUUAGAAUUUUUGUCAAGCUCAGGAGCACUACAGUAUCCAAAAUGAGUCCCACACUGCAGACUGCUGGCCUCUGGAAGCAGGUGCAUUCCUUUUUGUACUGUUACUAUUUCAUUAGCAUUAGGAUCUGUCCUCUGGUUUAAAAAAAAAAAAAGUUCACAUGAACUGUGAUUUUAUCAGUUUCUCUAUAUGAAGUCUCACCAUGUUCAGCGAAGAUUCCUUUUGACAUUUGUCAUCUGUGACUGGUUAAUGUCCAGUAUGAAAUGCAGAGCAAGUAAAAGCUCGACUUGCGUGCUCCCAAUUUUCUCUGCGAUAACAGUAUCAAGGAAGUGAACACAAGAUGAUUUGUAAGCAACUAAUUUUUAAAGCAAUGGAAAUGUUACAUUGAAAGGCUGACACUUUUGGAUGGGUAGCAUUGGCAGAUGUUAAGUCAUUAACAUCUGAGCCAGUUAUCAGCCUCCACAUGGCUUGGAUUUCUUUCACUUUGAAGGGUGUCUUUUCCUUUUUUUACUUUGUUAAUGCUAUGCACCUACUUGCACUUUGAAAUAUUAAAUGGAGACUGGCCCAAAGUCUGCGAGCAUGUUGCUCCAGCUCUCCGGUUACUGGUUGAAAAUUAAGCGACUGAAUGCCAAAAUGUGAAAACUUUUACUUUAAAAUGCUUAUAUAGCAAUAAGUCUUCCUAUGUUCUGAACACAACAAGCACAAACUAAAACAGUGGAAAUGACACCCAAUGACUAGGUUGUGGGUAAGGGAACUGUCCUAUGCAGGUAUUGGGUGUCAAACUUUUGGAUGCUUUUCAGAAUCUUUUACAUGUAUGCAGAUGUUCGUUCUACCCUGCCUGUCAGUGGCUGCAUUCAUCCCAUAUGCCUAGUGUAUACCUACCUACCUAAACAGUCUUAUAUUUUCUAUUUAGAUACUUCAUGAGGUUAGCAUUUUUUAUGUGAAAUUUAGUAAAUAUGUUCAUCCUGUCAGGUUUAAUUAUCAAGAAUCUGAGCAGUGGGAUUUCCAGUCUGUUUGUGCAUUGAAGGACUGAUGUGUGGAUACCCCACGCCAGACGUGUGCGUGUGCAAGGCAAUAGUUUUACCAAAGGACUCUGAUUGUGGUGUGCAAGGCUGCCAUGGGAACCCUUGGAAAGAGCCUCGCAAUUCAAUGUGAAAAGAAAUGUCUACUGUAUAUAGUAAUAUGUAAUCCUCUGCCAUAGCCUUAUUAUAAUAAUAAAGUAUAUCAAUCUGA